AUGGCUAUGAUUAAAGCAAAUGUGGAAGAGGAUAGAGAGGCUACCAUGGCAAGAUUCUUGAAUGGUCUAAACAAGAAUAUUGUUGAUCUUGUCGAGUUGCCACAUUUUAUGGAGCUUGAGGACAUGGUGAAUGUGGCCAUGAAAAUUGAAAGUGGUAUAGGAGUUGGGGCUGUUUUAAUGCAGGAUCAAAGACCACUAAUGUAUUUUAGUGAAAAGUUAAGUGGGGCAGCUUUGAAGUAUCCAACAUAUGACAAGAAAUUAUAUGCUUUAGUUCGAGCUUUGGAAACAUGGCAACAUUACUUAUGGCUAAGGGAGUUUGUGAUACACACAGACUAUGAAAGUUUAAAACACUUAAAAGGUCAAGAUAAGUUGAACCGAAGGCAUGCUAAAUGGGUAGAAUUCAUUGAAACAUUUCCAUAUGUGAUCAAGUACAAACAAGGUAAAGAGAAUGUGAUUGCAUAUGCAUUAUCUAGAAGGUACACUUUACUUAAUUCACUUACUUCUAAACUAUUGGGUUCUGAGUUUAUUAAGGGAUUGUGUCAAGAUGAUGAUGAUUUUGGCGGAUUCUAUGCAUCUUGUGAUAAUGGGGCUGCUUUGGAUGACUUUUAUCUGUUUGAUGGUUUCAUGCUUAAAAGAAAUAGAUUGUGCAUUCCUAAGUGUUCUAUAAGGGAAUUAUUGAUUAAGGAAGCACAUGGAGGGGGUUUAAUGGGUCAUUUUGGUGUAAAUAAGACUUAUGAUAUGCUGCUUGUACAUUUCCUUUAG